UCUCUCCAUUUUUUUUUCUUUUAACUCAGGGGGAACAUCUAUUGCCCUAAAUUUCGAUUUCGAUUUCGAUUUCAGGUUUUCUGAAUCGAGAGAUCCUUUUCACAAGCGUGAAUUCUUGUUUCAACGGGUGGGGAUUAAAUUAUGAUGGUUCAAGCAUUGGAUUUGCAGAGCUUUAUUCUUCGGGCUCGAGUUCUUAAGCUUUACCGACAAGCAUUGAAGAUAGCUCACAGAGCUCCUGUUCAUGUUAGAGGGGAAUUGAAACAGACGGUUAGGGAAGAGAUGGGAAAGAACAGAGACUGCAACGACAAACAGAAGAUUCGGUAUCUGAUUAGUGAAGGUUUAGAGAGAGUUAAAGGACUUGACGAGAUGUUAGAUAUGCAAGGCCAUUAAGCAUUGGUUGGUGUAAAGAUGAUAUGUUCUUUUUUUGUAAGCUUUUCUACUUUUAAUUGAAGGUUGAUGCAAUGCUAGAUUCUUUAAGUAGAAAUUCUGGUCAUCUUUGUGUUUAAGCUCAUUUCUUGCAUGUUUUCUUCAUCUCUAUAGAUUGAUAUGUUUUUUCAGUGAGCAACAUCCUAUUCUCUUUUACCCUGAACUUUAUGAUCUCUAUUCUUUUUGACGUUUUCUCAGAACGAUACCACUUUUGUUGUAGUCAUCUUCUGCUGCAACCCAUCUAUGAAGCUUCUUAGGUAACAUGAAACCCUUUCUUGAUGGGUUGCAAGGGAACAUCACUAGAAUAAAAGUGAUCUCGUUAGGGAAAAAGAAUUGGGAUCUUAAAAGUGUGUCAGAGAGAUUCAGGUGGAAGAGAGUUUGAUGUUGCUCGUUGAAAAUAACAACAACCUAUAGAGAUGAAAAAUAUACGCAAGAGAGAAUUUAACCAUAAUAAAGCUGAUCAGAAUUUAUACUUGAAGAGUUUAGCAUUGCAUCACCUUCAGUUAAGCACAAAGUAAGAGAAUAUUUGGUUUCUCAUAAUUGUUCAUUUGUUUUAAAACUUGUUUGCUCGUUUGUGUCUUCAAAACCAUGUUUGUGGAUUUCGACAUGGCAAAAAAAAAAUAUAUAUAUAUAUA